UUGGUAUAUUGUCUAUGCCUAGCUCUUAGAAAUGACUGAAAAGUAAAUCUAAGAAUACUUUUUUCUUAAAAUUGGAAACUUUAUUGUCGUAUUUGAUAUAUAUGAGUGAAAAAAAAACAUAUUUGCUGAUGUGUUAACGAAGCUGCAAUUGUGUACAUGUGUGAUGAAUAGUCGUACAAGUAUUUUUGGGUGCCUUAAUGUUUAUUUGUAAAUUCUAAGCCUUUAAUUAUAAAUUUUCGAUCACAUAUAACGUUAUAUGUUUGCAAAUAAUGAAAGAACUAUUACAACAAUAAAACGUGCAGUUCAUCUGUAGUUCUGGAUAUUAAAAGCAAGAUAUAUCCUACGAUUAAUGAAAAACACUACAAUAUGGCUUCAGCAUCAAGUACAAGUGCACGUAGUCUAUUUAUUGAAUCAAAAAUGCGAUUAGCAGAUAGAGUGCAAGUUAACGUCAAUAAUAUUGCCUCCCUUGCCAGACAGAUACAAAGAGGCUCUAGAAGUAGUGAAGUUUUAAUGCAUGCAGCAAGAAACUUCGCACAGCAGGAGCAUGGGAUAGAAAUGAUAGAAUCCAAUCUAAAGAAGCUUGCUCUUAUAGCUACUCAUUUAGAAUACCAAAUGGAUUCAAUUGAUAAAAGCUCUAUAAUAUUGGAAGAAGUUAUGGAACAAGUACGAUCUAUGCAGCGAUAAUAUAUUAUAAAUAUAUA